AUGGUGGUUUCUAGGAACUGGAAGUGGUCCAUAGUAGACCCAGUGCUGUUGAGGAUGGUCAGGGGUCGCCUCGGCUGGUGGUCCAGCCGAGGCGACGAGUCUGCGUUGGUCGGGGAGGAGACACCGCUGCUGAACGGCUCCGAGCAGCCUAGACCCCUCAGACAGAUGUCAAGCGGAAACACAAUAUUUCAGAUAGACAGACUCAGCACGGUGGAUUUGGAAGAGGAGAUAACCACCGAAGAGGAUCCAGGAAGGGGGCGACCCAAAGAGAUCCCUCACAAUGAGAAGCUGCUGUCGCUUAAAUUUGAGAGUCUUGACUAUGAUAACAUUGAAAACCAGCUGUUUCUUGAGGAGGAGCGGAGGAUGAGCUUCAUGUCUUUUCGCUGUCUGGAGAUCAGUCGGUGGGUUAUCUGCGGGCUGAUCGGCUUCCUGACGGGCCUCAUCGCCUGUUUUAUAGACAUCGUGGUGGAACAGCUGGCUGGAAUCAAAUACAAAGUGAUCAAAGAGAAUAUUGUAAAGUUUACAGAAGCAGGUGGACUGUCCAUCUCCCUCAUCCUCUGGGCUGUCCUCAACUCUUCCUUUGUCAUGUUGGGAGCCGUCAUGGUUGCUUUCUUUGAGCCCAUCGCAGCAGGAAGUGGGAUUCCUCAGAUAAAAUGUUACCUAAAUGGAAUCAAGAUUCCCAGGGUGGUACGCCUUAAGACUUUGGUGAUUAAAGUGUGUGGUGUAAUCUGCUCCGUGGUCGGUGGUCUGGCAGUAGGGAAGGAAGGCCCAAUGAUUCAUUCUGGUGCUGUUGUAGCAGCUGGGGUCUCGCAGGGAAGGAGCACUUCCUUAAAACGAGACUUUAAGAUAUUUGAAUACUUCCGUAGAGACACAGAAAAAAGGGACUUUGUUUCUGCUGGAGCUGCAGCUGGAGUUUCUGCUGCAUUUGGAGCUCCAGUUGGCGGUGUUUUGUUCUCUCUAGAGGAGGGAGCCUCUUUCUGGAAUCAGAUGUUGACAUGGAGGAUUUUCUUUGCCUCCAUGAUCUCCACCUUCACGCUGAACUUUUUCCUCAGUAUCUAUCACAGUAAACCAGGAGACCUUUCCAAUCCGGGUCUCAUCAAUUUUGGACGCUUUGAGAGUGAAGCGAUGGCGUAUAACCUCUAUGAGAUUCCUUUGUUUAUUGCUAUGGGAGCUGUAGGUGGGAUUUUGGGAGCCUUGUUCAAUUUUCUCAACUACUGGCUGACGAUCUUCAGAAUCAGAUACGUUUAUCAGCCGUGUCUGCAAGUGAUGGAGGCCAUGUUGGUCACCGCAGUGACCGCAACGGUGGCUUUCACCAUGAUCUACUUCUCCACUGACUGUCAGCCUCUAGGGCCGUAUCACACUGAGGAGUACCCACUGCAGUUAUUCUGUGCCGAUGGAGAGUAGAACUCUAUGGCCACCGCCUUCUUCAACACUCCUGAGAGAAGCGUGCGUAGUCUCUUCCACAAUCCGCGAGGAACCUACAACUCUCUGACGCUGGGUUUGUUCACACUGACCUACUUCCUCCUGGCGUGUUGGACCUACGGCCUGGCGGUGUCUGCUGUUGUGUUUAUCCCUUCUCUCCUGAUUGGAGCAGCCUGGGGGAGACUGUGUGGAAUACUGCUGGCCUCUACAACUUCUACUGCCUCAAUGUGGGCCGACCCUGGUAAAUAUGCCCUGAUCGGAGCUGCUGCUCAGUUAGGUGGCAUUGUGAGAAUGACCCUCAGCUUGACGGUCAUCAUGGUGGAGGCAACAGGCAACGUCACGUACGGCCUUCCGAUCAUGCUUGUACUUAUGACGGCCAAGAUAGUAGGAGACUACUUUCAAGAAGGUUUAUACGACAUCCACAUCAAGCUGCAGAGCGUUCCCUUCCUGCACUGGGAGGCUCCUGCCACCUCCCAUUGGCUCAUAGCCAGGGAGGUGAUGAGUUCUCCGGUUACCUGCCUGAACAGAAUAGAGAAGGUUGGAACCAUUGUGGACAUCCUCAGCAACACUUCUACCAAUCACAACGGCUUCCCUGUCGUCGUGCAGGUUUCUGCUGAUGAUGAGCUGGCUAAACUAUGUGGCCUCAUACUCCGCUCUCAGCUCAUUGUUCUUCUAAAGCACAAGGUGUUUGUGGAGCUAGCUCGCACCCGGCUCACUCAAAGGAAGCUCCAGCUGAAAGAUUUCAGGGAUGCGUACCCCAGGUUUCCACCGAUCCAGAGUAUCCACGUGUCUCAGGAUGAGAGGGAGUGUAUGAUGGACCUCACAGAGUUUAUGAACCCAACUCCGUACACUGUACCACUGGAGACAUCUCUUCCUCGUGUGUUUAAGUUGUUCAGAGCGCUCAGACUCAGGCAUCUAGUCGUGGUUGAUGACGAGAACAGGGUGGUUGGGCUGGUGACCAGGAAGGACUUGGCCAGGUAUCACCUGGGUAAACACGGACUGGAGGAGCUUCACUUGGCUCAGACAUAGUACACACAGAUGCACAUUGACAAU